AGGAUCGAAAGUUUCAUCCGGUGGGAAGCGAUCACGUGUGGUGGCUGCUGGGCGCGUUCAUUGACAACCAGUCCAGUGUCCACCGUACGGCGUAACUUGGUUAGUCACCCUUCGUGCGGCAUAUAGCUUUUCGUCGACAAUCUCUGCUCAGGCCAAUCGAAUUGGCACCACGGCUAUACACCAUACUUUCAUCAAUAUGCGCAAGGGCAUUCUCGAGGUGUCCGUACGGAGCGAAGGUCGUAACUUGCCGGAGUAUCAAGUGGACCCCGUAGACGACAGGACGUUGGCCUGCUAUAUUCCUAGCGAGGUCGGGAAGACUUUCGAGAUCUGCUGGCGCGGCGACACGCGACGCGACAAGUAUGACAGCACCAUGAGGUGUUCCGUCGACGGCCGGAGUGCUGGCGGGACUUUUUGUAUGCGCGGAAUCGUCGACAUCAGUCGCUGGGGUAUUAGAGACGCUGCGAAUCGACGCAAGCCUUUCGUAUUUGCGCCUUUGGCCACAACAGAUGACGAGAGUCUUGCUGUUAGCUUGGAAGCUCAUCCAGACCUUGGAACGAUAGACGUGAAGCUCUUAUAUGCGGUUCGUCUGGGCACAACGCACUUCAAACAACGUCCGGAUGCGAUCCAACCCAGCACGGUGCAUGAGAAGAGCAAGAAGAUGGGUGUUCAUUGUGUCUCCUUGGGAGACAGCCGUGAGUGUGAGCGCCAUGACAAGGUGAAGAUCAAGCCGAUCAACAAGAGUGAUCCCGUCUAUGCGCGCUUCAUCUUUCGGUAUCGGUCCAAAGACUUUCUGCAAGCCGAGGGCAUCAUGCCUUUGGACGAGGGGAAUGGUGGUGGCGCUCACAGCCCAGCGCCCAGCGGACGUAAACGCCGAUCCGCCGGACUACACCCAGACAUUUUAGAGGCAGGCCCAAAUCGCAAAAGAGCAAGGAAGAAUGAUCCCGCAGCUCCUGCCCGCACUGUAAAAGACGUGAAGCCAUCCGCAGCUGAACUUGCUGGGAACGAAUACCUCGGUGACCUCCAGCCAGGACACGGAUCUGUUCAGGGACGAGCGCAAUCCCUUGAGACGAGGACAAAGGGCCUGAAGGGAUCCGACUCGUCGCAGAGGGUCAAGAGGGAGCGGCGAGGCAUUGCCGAGGAUGUUAUCGACUUGACUGGUAGCGACGUCAAGAAGGAACGAUCUCCCAUUCGCCUAGAGGCCAGUGGGGUAGUCAUCGACUUGACUCUGGACGAUUAGAUUGCUAUUCGUAGCUGUUACUUAUUCCUAUUGUAUGUUCCCAUUCAUUCGGACUUGUGCGCGCUGAACCAUCUUGUGGUGACCGACCUCGAGCGGGCACGCACUGUAGCGCCAUGUGUGUUCUCAUCGUGCAGAUUGGAACCAGUUCACAGCAUGUCACUCGAACC